AGAGCCAAAGCCUGUGUCUUUGGAUUAACAAAAUAAACAAACUCAAAGAAAGGUGAAGGCUGUUACACUCUUCCCUCUGUGGAAGUUGCUGUCUUGGGUUCUCUCAGAUAGCCUUCAUUUGUGGGCAAAGGAAGAAGCUUUUUUCUUUAGGAGAGUGAGCGUGAGAGAUAGAGAUUUGGGUUGAUCAGGAUGAGCAGCGUUGGUGGUGAUUCCAUGGAGACUCAAUACAUAAGGAAGCACCAUAGGCAUGAGCCCAGAGAGAACCAGUGCACUUCUGCUCUGGUCAGGCAUGUCAAAGCCCCUGUGCAUCUUGUAUGGUCAUUGGUCAGGAGAUUUGAUCAACCGCAGAAGUACAAGCCCUUUGUUAGCAGGUGCGUCAUGAAGGGGGACCUUGGCAUUGGGAGUCUUAGAGAAGUGAAUGUUAAAUCUGGUCUACCAGCAACUACCAGCACUGAGAGACUGGAGCUUCUUGAUGACGAUGAGCACAUUCUUGGCAUCAGGAUCGUUGGUGGUGAUCAUAGGCUCAGGAAUUACUCUUCAAUUAUUACCGUCCAUCCUGAGGUAAUUGAAGGAAGACCAGGGACGCUAGUUAUUGAAUCCUUUGUGGUGGAUGUGCCUGAUGGAAACACUAAGGAUGAGACAUGCUACUUUGUUGAGGCCCUGAUCAGGUGCAACCUCAAGUCGUUGGCUGAUGUCUCAGAGAGGAUGGCCGUCCAGGAUCGAACAGAACCCAUCAAUCAUUAGUGCAUUUGAAGGACAAAACAGGAGUGCGAUGACUAUAGUUAUUCCAGUUGUCGUUUUCGUCUCAGAUGCUGUGUAGAGUUUAGUAGGUACUUUCCAUCCAUUCACAGAAGUUUUGGGAACAUUGCUGGUUUUUGCAUUUCUGAUCGAUGAAGAUCCUUCUCUCUUCCAACUGCUCUUGGAUAGUCUCUUCCUCUAAAAAGGAUGCCUGUGGUUCCUCGUACUUUUGUUUGAAGGAUGGACUUUGUAGGUUGAUAUAAGCUCUCCAUGAUUGGGAAGGGAAUUUACUGUGAAUUUUAUUUUUCAUGGUGGUUUUGUGCAUGGUGGUACAAUGUUAGUAUGACUGCUCUGUAAUAUUUGUCUUGGCAAAGAGAUGGUAUCUAUGGCUGGGGUUUUCAUCUUGUAGCGCAGGAAGGAUAUUCAGGGG